AGGGGUCAAACCGCAUUAAGCCUAAACUUUCCAAGCUUGCAGCCCAUCAAAGGAGCACAGAGUUUCCCCACAACACCUCCUGAACCUCCCAAUUACACUGCCAUAGCAUACCUAGAAAAUCAAGCAAUCGAUCAGCAGAGACCGUAGAAAUGGAGGUGCCAGGGUCAUCAAAGAAGAUGAUAGCAACCCAAGAAGAAAUGGUGGAAGCCAAAGUCCCAAUCCCUUACAGAGACCAAUGUGCCCAUUUGCUGAUCCCACUGAACAAAUGCAGGCAGGCGGAGUUCUAUCUUCCUUGGAAGUGUGAGGACCAACGCCACUCCUAUGAGAAGUGCGAGUACGAGCUUGUCAUGGAACGGAUGCUCCAGAUGCAGAAGAUCCGGGAAGCCGAAGCCAAACAAAAACAAGGCCUCCCAGCGCAGCCGCCUAUACCUCUUAUACCUAAAACUGCCAAUGCUUGAUCUAAAGGUUGCUGCUGAGGCUGCUGAGAUUGUGUCAUUAUUAAUCCGUGAAAUUCUGUUCGAAACUCUUCGAUGUAAUGCAACCUGGAACUAGACUAUCCUGUUCUGGAAUUUAGUUUUUUUCUAAUAAGCAUCUUGUGGACACAGUUUUUGGUUUAUUCGGAGGCUGUCUCAGUGUCUCACAGAUUACUGAAUUAUGUGUUUAUAAUGCAAAUCUCAUGGACUGGUUUUGGGCCAACCAAACUCAAAAUCUUGUGCCAUAGUUGUGUCUCA